AUGGUCAUUGGUCAGUUGAAUCCAGCAGUUGGAUUACAUAUUAUUCAUCUGGAAGAAAUAGAUUCACCCAUUACAUUUGUUAAACCACCAUUCGAAAAUUUCUCGCUAACAUCGAAACCAAUACAAAAUAAACCAACAACAGAUAAACAGCAUCUGCCAGUUCAAAAUGGAAACCAUGUGAUGCUGUUAAAACCUAAAACAUUAGCAGCUCAAUACUCACCACCUAUGAAGACAUUCAGUAGUGCGAAACUUGAGAAAAUUAAAACAUCGAUAAAUGAGCCACAUUCAUUAGUGCCUGAUUCUCAUUUCCGGCCACCUCUGAAACCUAAAGUACCAGAAGGUAAAUACUAUCUAUUUCGAAAUCGAGUGCCGCUUGUUGCUCGCUAA